AGGAGAGGAGAGGAGAGGAGAGGAGUCGCCAUCCAUCCAUACAUCCAAUACCAAAAGGAAAAGGCAAUAUAUCCAGGUCCAGCGUCCAACGUCUGUUUGUCGUUGUCUUUCGUUCUUUCCUUCUCCUCCAUCAAUCUCUCUCUAUCACCAACACAUAUUGAUUUUGUUUCUUUCAAGACCAGACAUCAGCUUAGCUCAAAGUCGCCGCUGCACCUGCGCUGCUUCACUCUCCGCAAAGAUCCGACUUGACUGCACCUGGAUUUUUCCAUCUCAUUCACCCUUUAAGCUCCCAUUUCGUACUUACUUUUCUCUCUGUGUGUGGGUCAAAGAUGGACGGUGGAAUACAUGGAGAUGCGCCCUUAGAUUACGCCACCAUUCAGAUUCUGCCUUCUCAAAACAGGUAUGAGGCAUAUACAUGUCAUGACAACAAAGUAGAAAAACUGGUUGUUGGGGUUCUGGAAAAACUCUUGCCACAUUUACCCGGAGUAAGCAACUUGUACACCAAAGGAUUCAAUGCUAACUUCAAACUCCAACCACCUGAGAAUCUAAAGAGUGCUGCAUGGUUUACGAAAUCUACUUUGAGCAGGUUCCUAGAUAUUGUCGGUUCAACGGAUUUAGUAGAUACUGUUAAAGUUAUUGAAGGUGAGAUGUCUCAAUUGGAGGAAGCUAGAAAAUUUCAUCUUUCUCUAUACGCUAAGGGUCAUGAAGAUCAUAUUGAAAGCAGCGAAACAGAUAUCUGCAAAUCAGUAGACGUGGUCCUGGCAUCCAAUCAGUCCAAAGUCCAGAAUUCAUCAUCAGAUACCUCAAAAAAUGAGCUCUUACGUGCUAUGGACUCAAGACUCACAGCGUUAAGAAGUGAGUUAGUUGCAGCUUUUAACCAGGCAGUUGGAGAAACCUGCUCCUAUGAAGAAAUCACUCAUCUAGCAAAAUUUUCUGAAAAUUUUGGAGCAAAUGAUUUAAAGAAUUUUUUGUGCAUGUUCCUAGAGCUAAGUCCAAAGAGCCAAGCUGCUAAUCCCCCAGAUGAUGAAAAGUCUUCAUUUAGUCGUGCUUCAGUUAAUGACAGCAUAAUUAAGACUGAUGGCAAUAGUCAAAUAUCAAAGCCAGUAUGUGCAGAAACACCAGUUAAAUAUGGUGUUUCACCAGCAAAAGUUGCCCAGGUUGAACGUCAGAGCUCAACAGAAAGUGAGGAAUCUUCUAACUCAAGUGAUGAGAAUCAAAUGUCUGCAGAAAGAAGUCGAGCUCUUAUAAGAUCUGCAUCGCCUAGACGGUCAGCAUCUCCCAUGCGAAGGGUUCAAAUAGGGAGGAGUGGCUCGCGUAGAGCCCCUGCUCUGACCAUUAAGAGCCUUAGUUACUUUCCUGCGAGAGAAAAGAUAUUUUCUCAUAGAGAUGUAGCAUCAGAUGAUAGUGAAGAGGAAGGAUCUGGACAGAGUAAGAAGCCUGAGGGUAACGUUCGGCGUAUGAGUGUUCAAGAUGCAAUAAAUCUUUUUGAAAGUAAACAAAGGGAUCAGGUUUCUGAUAUGCCAAAAAAGAACUCAUUAACAAACAUCUCUCUUGGUGCUAGUAAGUCUGUAUUGAGAAGAUGGAGUGCAGGUAUGGGUGAAUCAUCCUCCCAAUGCCAAUUGCAGAAUGCUUCUGAAGAUCCUGUUCCAGAGCCUCCUGAUAAUGUCAUUGAUAAUGAUAUCAUGGAGAGGUCAGCCGGAGUUGAUUUGGAAUCUGAUUCUAGAAGUGGAGGUCAGAUCAUCAAUGAGACCAUUGAUGUGAACUUAGAAAGGCUGGACGAGAGCUCAUGUAGUCCAAUAGAUGUUCAAGAGGUCACAGAUAAAAUCCAAGAAGAUGAAGCUAAUGAAAGGUCAAAUAGCUCAGCUGAAUGGAGUAGACAGAAGGAAGUGGAGCUAAACCAAAUGUUCAAAAAAAUGAUGGAAAAUCAGCCUGUUAGCUGUAGGAAGCCUCAAACUAAUAUCAGACAAAAUUUGCCUCCGGAGCAGAGAGGUGGAUUUUAUGACCAUUACAAGGCAAAGAGGGAUCAAAAACUGAGAGGUGAAAAUUCUGGAAAGCGUGCUGAAAAAGAAGCAAAAUUUAGAGCAAUGCAGAAGGUUCUUGAUGAGAGGAAAGCUGAAAUGGCUUCCAAAAAUGUGAAUAAUUUUUCUAAAAAGGAUCCUUUAACAAAGUCCCAAAAAUCUGUUAAGAAUCCACAAAAAGUACUUAAGAGUCCUUCUCAGCCUGCUAAUCCAAGGAAAGAAGCCACAAAACCUUCAACUGUGAAGAAGGUUUCAUCAAGAACAUCCCCCUUGCCCGCUACUCGUAAGUCAUGGCCUUCGACACCCUCACCAAGAACAACAGGGAUAUCACCUGCUAAAACUUCUGGUGGAAUCUCUUCUGCUGGCACUACACCAACACAUCGGAAACCUCAGUCAGCACAAUCAGUACCUCGACCAAGUUCUAAAGUGGAAAGCGCCCAGCCAGAAAGAAAAAAUGUAAAGGCAACCCAGGCUGAUAAACGAGGUUUAAAGAGUGUGAAUGAGAAGCAGCAACAAAGAUUGAUGAAAGGCAGCAAAACACCAAAGACAAAAGUUGCCGCAGCACCUGGAGACUCUUCCAGUAUGGUUCCAGCAAAGCCUAGUUUGUAUAACAAGAUGACCAAGAAAAGUAGUGUAGUUCCGCUGGAAGCAAAGCCAUUUCUCCGUAAAGGUUCAGGAUUUACCUCUAGUGUUGGUCUCGUUAACAAGAUAAAAAAUCCCUCUCUGUUGGAGGACUCUCUGAAAACCACUGAAAAUUCAAUUGAUACUCAAGAGAGUGAUGUGAUUGUUAAUGCUUCUGUCCUGGUGAAUGAGCAUCAGGAUCAGGAUAUUUCAUCACUGGAUCAUUGUGAUGAUGAUAUUCAGUUAGAAACACAAGUAAAUGGCCAUCAGAAAUCUGAUGUGAUUGAGAGCAUUGAUGAACUUGCUCCUGAUGUUGAUGAUGGCUUAAAAAAUAUUGCUGAGUCUUCAAAAUGUGAGGAAGAAUUAACCAUCUCCCCAGCUGCUUGGGUGGAAAUAGAAGAGCAUCAGGACCUGCCUAACCAAUGUGAUGACAACACAGGUGAAAAUACAUCUUCAGCAAGCAUUGCUCCUGUUGGAUCGGCAAGUCCACGGGUCCGUCACUCUCUGUCACAGAUGCUGCAAGAAGAAAGUAGUGAAGCUGAUACUACUGAAUGGGGAAAUGCUGAAAAUCCGCCUGCAAUGGUCUAUCAAAAAGAUGCACCCAAGGGACUGAAGAGGCUGUUGAAGUUUGCUCGGAAGAGUAAGGGGGAUGCAAAUAUAACUGGUUGGUCUAGCCCAUCAGUCUUUUCUGAAGGAGAGGAUGAUGCAGAAGAAUCAAAAGCUAUUAAUAAGAGAAAUGCUGAUAACCUACUGCGAAAGGCUGCCCUUCAGGCAAAGAACUAUGGGCAACAAAAGAUGUCGUGUGAGGGCUAUGAAAAUCAUUUGGAUGCUCAUGAGCUCCCAUCUGCUCAAUCAGGCAUCAGCACAUUUGAUGCCCACAAAAUGCACAAGGGCAGUGUCUCAACUGCAGCCUCCACUACUAAAGGGACAAGGUCAUUCUUCUCCCUUUCAGCAUUUAGGGGUAGCAAACCAAGUGAGAUGAAGCUUCGCUAAAACUAGGAUGAUUACAAAAGUCAAGGUUAUUGACAUAUGCUCGCUUGCAGUCUUAGGCUAACUAAGCUUUGCUGGAGGCCAAAAUUUCCUCUGCUUUUCUCUUAUCAUUUUUCUGGUGUAUUGUUUUGCAUGUCAGCCGCCAGGGAUCAUGUCUAUGCUUGGGUUUUGUGUUGGUGGGGUGUGCAUGUAUAUACAGUACGUUGCAGUAUUAGGAUUUCCAUCCUGCUAAACAGAUUGUUCCAUGUUAACCACUAUGUUGAGGACAUGAAACAAUGAUGAAUUAAUUGAUUUUGUUUGGUACGAGCACA